CGGAAUAUUAUUGGCCUUUAAAACGCUCACAUGGUUUCCUCUCGUGAAUGAGUUAAAAGUGCAAACAUGGCGGCGUGAAACUGUAAAAACUAGCUCGGGCGAGGUACAGUAAAUGAAAGAGCUGAAAAAGUUAGCUUUUUUAGCGCCGGAGAGCCACUCUGUUGUCAGUAGCAGUGGAAUGCCUUCACCCUGCACCGCCUGGAAGACGGAAAGUGUGGAGAUAAAGUAGGUUUCUGCUCGCUUGCUAAAGCCAAAGCCCGCAACGUCGCCGAAAACAAUAAGAGUAAAGAAGACUGAAAUGAACGGGGACGUAUUCUGCAAUGGACACGCUACACUUCACGGUUUCUUGAGCCACAGCGCCUCGAAGGCAAAUCAUCAUGAGGAGAUCUCCGUCAAACUCAUCCAAGACGGGAAGUCCAGGAUAUUCUGCACCCAGGCCGAGGCACAGAAUAACUCAAAGAGACCCUGUACUGUAAAUGGAGAAAUCAUUCUCCCUAAAAUGGCUGUGAACGAAGACCUCCACCAUCAAACACAGAGAGCAGAAGAACAGACAAGGCCACUGCAUUAUGUGCAAACCUUUUUACCCUCAUCAACUGAAGUCACUCCAGAGGUCAACAGCACUCGCUGUCAGAGGAAAACAGUCUGUCCUAAAAUGAAAGUGAAGAAAUCUUCACAGAGAGUUGCAGAGAGCAAGAAUUCCCAGAACCGGAAGGUCACAGAUUACUAUCCCAUACGAAGAAGCUCAAGGAAAAGCAAAACGGAAUUAAAGUGUGCAGAGAAGAAACACCUAGACGAGCUGAUCACAAAAGGGAUAGAGAAUGGAAUGACGGUCAAAUACAUUGAAGGAAAGGGAAGAGGGGUUUUUGCCACUCAGCAUUUCCAGAAAGGACAAUAUGUGGUGGAAUAUCAUGGCGACCUGUUGCUGAAAACUGAUGCGAAGAAAAGGGAAGCUAUAUACGCACAAGACCCAACUACUGGCUGCUACAUGUAUUACUUCCAGUAUCUCAGCAAAACAUAUUGUGUUGAUGCCACGAAAGAAACUGACCGUAUGGGACGGCUCAUCAACCACAGUAAAAAUGGCAACUGUCAGACCAAGCUCCACGACAUCAAUGGAAUACCUCACCUGAUCCUUGUGGCCUCCAGAGAUAUAGAGGAGGGAGAGGAGCUGCUGUAUGACUACGGCGACCGAAGUAAAGCCUCGAUAGCAGCUCACCCGUGGCUCAAACAUUGAUUCCGAGAAGGGAACUACUAACACCCUGUUUCUUAAAUACAGUUUUUAAAUGUAAUUAUUGCCUUAGCAAACUGAGAAUGUUUAGGGGGUAGUACUUGUUUGGGUGUGUUAAACAGUGACUUAAACACAUUUAGGUUACGGUACAUAUUCUACAUGUCCUACAUGAUACUUUUAAAGAUAUUUAUCCCGCUAUAUGACAUGCUAGUUUUGACACAUUUCUUUUUGUAUAUUUUAUAUACUUGUAGAUCAGUGCUUCCAAAGCAUGCAGUUAUAGUUCAACUUUCUGCAUUUUUUUAUAUAAAAACAGUUUUCUUAAGCCAAUGUAUGUUAGGUAGUGGCUUAGCAAUAAUUAUUUAUGAUGCCCCAAUAGAAAACAUGUCUGUGGAAUGCAAGUGACGCUUAGAAGAGCCAUGUUUUAAAAGCUUGGGAUAACUGGAAGGUACCCCUGUCCCUCGACUCGAUUUAGAAUCUGAUCGUUUUAUGAUGUUCAGCGUGUUAUUUCAUGGAUUUCAACAAACCUGUACCUCUUGUUGAGUGUCCAGUAUCAAAUGACCCAAGUCAAAAGUAUUCAGUUGAUUCUGUAUGCUGGGUUAGAGGCAUUGUUAAAUAAAAUGGUUUUAUGCAAUUUU